UCCGACCUUUGCGCGGGGGCGGGAGGGCCGGCUGGUUUGGGGAGGCGGCGGGAGCUAGGAACCCGAUGCGGGCGAGCGGCGCCGGAGAUGGCUUCGGCUGGAGGCGGCGACUGCGAAGCCGCCGCGCCCGAGGCGGACCGUCCUCACCAGCGGCCCUUCCUGAUCGGGGUGAGCGGCGGCACCGCGAGCGGCAAGUCAACCGUGUGUGAGAAGAUCAUGGAGCUGCUGGGACAGAAUGAAGUAGACCACCGGCAGCGGAAGCUGGUCAUCCUCAGUCAGGACAGUUUCUAUAAGGUCCUGACCGCGGAACAGAAGGCCAAGGCCUUGAAGGGACAGUACAAUUUCGACCAUCCAGAUGCUUUUGAUAACGAUUUGAUGCACAGGACUCUGAAAAACAUUGUGGAAGGCAAAACUGUCGAGGUCCCAACCUAUGAUUUUGUGACCCACUCAAGGUUAGCGGAGACCACAGUGGUCUACCCUGCAGACGUGGUCCUGUUUGAGGGCAUCUUGGUGUUCUACAGCCAGGAGAUCCGGGACAUGUUCCACCUGCGCCUCUUUGUGGACACUGACUCCGAUGUCAGGCUGUCAAGAAGAGUUCUUCGGGACGUGCACCGUGGCCGGGAUCUGGAGCAGAUUCUGACGCAGUACACCACCUUCGUCAAGCCGGCCUUCGAGGAGUUCUGCCUCCCGACGAAGAAGUAUGCUGACGUGAUAAUCCCUCGAGGGGUGGACAACAUGGUGGCCAUCAACCUGAUCGUGCAGCACAUCCAGGACAUCCUCAACGGCGACAUCUGCAAGUGGCACCGCGGAGGGUCCAACGGGCGCAGCUACAAGAGGACGUUUUCCGAGCCCGGAGACCACCCUGGGGUGCUGACCUCGGGCAAACGGUCGCACCUGGAGUCCAGCAGCAGGCCCCACUGAGGAGCGGGGUGCUUGGCUCCCGGCGGUCCAGAGAUGCCCGCCUGCCACUAAAAACGCAACCGCCACUUCUUCUCAGCGGCCGGUAUGGACGGGGUGGUGUCAGGGUCUGGGGUCCCUCACUAACUCGGGAAUCCUGG